AGCGGUGCCUUGCAACCAGUCGGUCAGCCGUGUUUGUGGUUUUGUGAGCGUGCUUGGAUAUACGAAUGUGUGUUUCCGGGCACCGCGUGCCCUUAACUCUGUGUGUACGGUGUUCAGUGAAGCGCACGCGCCUGCGGCGGUGGUGGAGAUGAUCCCGGUGUCGGUGGUGGUGUGUGUGAUGGGAGGAUGGUGCUCGGUUUAUCUCAUGGACACUCUGCUCAGGUCAUCCAGCUCGCUGAAGGUCCGUUAUGAAUCGUGGCUUUCGUCCAGUGGCGUGUCCCUGUCUCCCUUCCACGUCCGCUGGCACACCAGCCUCUUCAACUCGCUGUUUGCCAGAUGUGCACGACUCAACCCCCACUUCCUUUAUAUAUGGUUCAGUGCAGGGAUGGUGUUUGGCGUCGUGGCCAUGUUCGGCUCAGUACUGUUGCUCGGUCGCACGCUGCUGCAGACUCUGGCUCAGAUGAUGGCUGAGACGCCGGAUGGUUCUCACGAGCAGGUUCUACAGGUGGUGGUUCCGGGUGUAAAUUUGCCCGUCAGCCAGUUGGCCUACUUCUUCAUUGCCAUUCUGGUCAGUGGUGUUAUACACGAGUUUGGCCACGGGGUGGCAGCACUGAGGGAGCAGGUGAGGCUGAAUGGCUUCGGCAUGUUCCUGUUCGUGAUUUACCCCGGCGCGUUCGUGGAUCUCUUCACCACUCACCUGAACCUCAUCUCACCUGUUCAGCAGCUGCGUAUAUUCUGCGCAGGCGUGUGGCACAACUUCAUACUGUGUGUGGCAGUGGUGUGUUUCCUCUUCCUGCUGCCGCUCCUCCUCUUCCCAUUCUACUACACCGGAGCAGGAGCGCUCGUCACCGAGGUGGUGGAGGGUUCUCCGGCGAGCGGCCCGCGUGGCCUGUUUGUGGGGGAUCUGCUCACUCGGCUGGAGGACUGUGAGGUCAGCGGGGUGGACGAGUGGCACGCCUGCAUCCAGCAGCUCUCACUCCGCCCUCAGAGAGGAUACUGCGUCCCCCACAACACCCUGCAGCUGAACCGUGCCACCGGCAGAGAGUUCAGACGUCUGGACGGAACGGUGGAGUGCUGCAGCAACAACAGCCUGACAGACCUCUGCUUCUACUACACCACUGACAGGAAGAACAAACUAACACAGUUUGCAUGUUUACCUGCUCGGAAGACGAUCCAAAUGAGUCAGACAUGUCGCAGUAACUCAGACUGUGAGACAGACGUGACCCCCAGCGUGUGUGUGAUCCCCUCACUGGAGAACCAGACUCGGCUGAUCCGGGUGAAACACCCCCCGCAGCCCGACAUGCUAUUUGUGGGCUACGUGUCACACCUUCAGUACUCUGUGAGUCUCACUAACUUUGUUCCUCGACUUGGUUUCCUUCACCUCGACCUGCCGGUGAUGCUAGAGACACUGUGCAAGUACCUGGUGUCGUUAUCUGGCGCUCUGGCUGUGGUGAACGCCGUGCCGUGCUUCGCUCUGGACGGUCAGUGGAUGCUGAACUCCUUCCUGGAGGCCACGCUGAGCUCCCGCCUCCCGGAGAAGAGCAGCCGUGAGCUGCUGGGGUUCUUCAUCCUGCUGGGAGGCAGUGCUCUGCUCGCUGCUAAUGUCACUCUUGGAUUAUGGAUGGUCACGGCUCGAUAACAAACAGCUGCCUCCUCCAGUCGGUGAUUGGGGGAGGGAUGGUAUUUUGUGGUGGUGGUUUUUAUAUAUAAUAUAUUUCAUUCAAUACAAACUUCCACGUACCACCUGUGAAGAGUCCCAUCAUGGUUCUCUAAAGGUCCUUUAAAGGUUCACAUUUUGAAUCUCUUACAUUUCACCUUAAAUCGAUGUCUAAACCGCCGCCCUGCUCACAGCACACAUCAAUCUUCUCAGCUUCUUGAAGGUUUGUGUAGGGAACAGGGCAUGGAUUCGAACAUGCAAACUACUCCAGUGUUUUAACAGGAACCUCUCAACCCUGAAGAAGAAUGUAAACUUCUCUACAUCUAAUGUUUGCAUCUUAACUAAACUAUAAGAGCAGCAGCUUUUUCCCCCAGGAGCACGGUGCAUUAAUGACUAUUAAAAUAAUCUUGGUUGCUCUUUUAACAUAUUUUUGAGUGGACGCCAUACUCUGACACAGUUAAAAUAUGGAACUCCAAACACAAACUUCAUCAAGGUUGGCACAUCUGGAUUAUAUUUUUAUGGAUUAUCAUAAAAUAUGCUUUUGAUGAUGGUGAUUUGUUUUCUUAGUGUGAGCCAUUUCCUUUGAUAGCAAGGGAAUAAAGAGGGCCAAUACUUUGUACAAAACAACACACAGGCUACUGUUGGAAAUUGUGCACCAGUAUUUUAAUUAAUUGUCCUAUAAAUGUGUAUAUACAAGGUGGGUGGAUAAUAUUUUGUGUAAAUGUCACUUUUUUUUAAAACAAGUCGUGUUCCUGUAAAUAUAUUUAAUCAUGAACAAGGCGGGUGUUGUUUUGAUGGAUUGACUGAUUGAUUAAAAGACAUCUGAUAAA